AAACACUCCAAAGGACUCCACUAUGAAGGACCCAGUGAGUGACUGUAUCUACAAUCACCUCUAUCAGGAUCUAAAGAAGUUUUCUAAAAAUGGAGAACAUUUCUGCAAGGAACUUGUGGCAGUGUUUCAACAAAGGGCUGACUUAGAAAUCAGCUACGCGAAAGGGUUGCAGAAACUGGCAAGCAAACUCACCAAAGCAUCAAGCAGCAUGGCCAAGAACUGUACUUACAAUGCCUGGAGUUUGGUGUCUGAGGAAAUGGGCUCUACAGCAGACAUACACAAAAACUUGGGCAGUGCUUUUCAGCAGGAAGCUAUUCAACCAAUUCGACAAGUUCUUGAAGAGCACACUAAAAAGAAAAAGCCAUUAGACAAUGCAGUGGUCAAGACUGGGAAACUUGUGAUCCUCAACUGGAACGAACAAAUUAAAGCAAAAAAGAAGUUAUUUGGGUUCACAAAAGAACACGAAGCUCUUUUUAAUUUUGUGGAAAACAACAAACAUAUAUCAACUGAGAAGGAAAAGCAGAAGAUGCUUAACAGGUUGACAAAGUCUUCUGAGAUACUGGCAAAGACAGACGAAGAGUACUUCAACAUCAACAUGGCAGGUCAUCACACAAGAUUGAAAUGGGAGGCAACGCUUAAGAACUGUUACCAGAGCGUUCAAGAGUUAGAAAAACAGAGGAUCCAGAUGUUAUGUGGCAUUUUAAAUAAGUACAACCAGCAUGUCUCCACUUUUGGACAGACACUUAUUACAUGUCACGGACAAAUAGACCAGGCUGUAAGGGAGGUUGAUGUUAAAAAAGAUAUACAGAUGCUGGUGGAAGAAACAUCAGUACCUUCUCAGGAAAACAAAGCAGAAUUUCUGCUUGCGGAUUAUUUCGAGGAGGAUAGUAAAACUGCAAUGGAUAAAGAAAGAAGGAAAGCCUCAAUAAAGAUGAAACUCCAAAGGUUAAAUGAUAAUAUAACCAAGACAGGAAAAGACAAGGAAGGAUUAGAGAGAAUGGUUAAGACCUACGCUGAAAAUCCAUCCUUUCCAGACCAAAAGAAUCUAGAAGAAACUGAACAACUUCUUGAUGAGACAACACUGAAGAUGAACUUUCUGGAGGCUAGCUAUUUUAAACUCUCUGUAGUAAUGGCAGAACUCGACGGAAAACCAAAGCCUGUGCACCGUUUUAGUGACAGCAUUUCCAAAUGGAAAGAUAAGGAAUACCAGCACAGUGUUGUCCAGUUAUCCAGUCCUGUGAAGAUGAAAAAGUCCCAGCACAGAUCCAAGUUGACCUCUACAUCCUCAAUUAGAUCAAGUACAAGCCAAGUUGCAGGUUGUUACACGCAGUCCAUACCCACAUCCAACAGCAGUGCUACCAGCUCAUGCAUUGCAGGGGCAGAAGCAAUAUAUGACAAGGCACAUAAUGGUAAUCUGCCCCAAUUUGAUUAUGAUGAUGAUGAUGAUGAAAACAGUCAAACUAAUGCAGCUUUCAUUUUAAACACAGGGACGGAUGACCAAGCCAUUGGUACCUGCAGGGCUCUGUAUGACUUUCAGUCAGACAGAGAAGAUGAAUUAAUCAUGAAAACAGGAGACCUUAUAGUUAUACAUCAAAAGGACAACAGUGGCUGGUGGUACGGAUCAUUGAAAGGGAAGAAAGGUCAUUUUCCUUCCAAUUAUGUGGAACAAUUAGAACAAUUAGACAUAAACAAAUCUUCAGAUGCUUGAGGACCUAUACGCAACCAAGAUACAUUAAUAGUUCAUCAAAUUCAGCUAUAUUCUGCUUUCAGAAUAGAGGUCAGGCAAGCCAGCUUAGAUUUCAAGGCUUUCUUUUGAAAAGUGCCUCUGAAAACUGAACUGUUUUAGACAAACAGCUUUCAAGAUCUUUUAGCCAUAAUAUGGUUUGAUACACUGUGCCAUGUGCAUUCUGAACCUGUUAUGUAAAAUGUGUUUUACAUAUGCAUUUAAAAAGCAGUACUGAUUAGAACACACAUACUCCAAUAUGUUUUUUCAUUACAAUCUUUAGUACAGCUCCAAUGGACAGUAUACUCAGUUGAUUUUUAGUUUAAUGAUUUACCAAAUGUGACCUCUAUUCUUGGUUUACAAUUAGUUGUAAUCUUUGCUGCAUUUAAAAUAGGGAUGUGCAAGAUCUGCAAAUGGGCAGGGCUAUCUAGAAGUAGUCAGAUAUAUUAUAUAUACUGCCCACUUUCAAUGUGAACAUGUCUCCUCCAAUUUAAAAAUACCUUGAUCAACCUGCACUGAUAAAUAGAAAUACAGCUGUAAGUACUUUUGUAAAAGGUUAAAUCUCUUAAUACAUAAAUUCAUAGUAAAAUAACCUUCUACUUACCACAUAGCAUUUGUAAAUAUAAUGGUUGCUGAAACAUGUGAUACUAAUAGAUUCAGUCACGGUAAAAAGAUAAAACAAUACAUCAUUAUUUACUAGCUAACAGUAUCCAUACCCAGGAGUGUUAUGUUCUAAAUCCAGCACGUUCAUUAAGCAGCAUGGUGUUGAUCCAAUAAGUUAUCACUUGCGUACAAACACCAUAAAUAUACACUAAUUAAAUACAAGUACUACAAUAUAAUACCUUUGUCUGAAAUAACCACAACAGUAUAUUUAUUAAAAUACAGAACUAAGAAAAUGUAUGUAUAUUGACUGAUGCAAUAUUACUAUUUAUUUAAUUAAAAAAAAACCUGAAAAAAAAAUUAACAUUGCCUGUUUUGUUAUGCCAUACAACAUACUAUACAUUAAGUACAGUACACAAUUUUAAAUACUGAGUUUUAGAUCUUAAAGUUUUAAAUUGUAACUCAUAUUUCUAUUUCACGACUAUAAAACAUGCAAACAUCACACAUGGCUCUUGUCAGUGUCACAUUAACAUUGCAGGCCUGUGAAAAUAUAACCUCCCUAAACAACGUCCACUCAACACAACAAACCAGGUAACCAGCCACAAUUUGUCGUACUGUAUGAUAGUUUUUAGUAUUGUAUAUGAAAUUAUGUUUUUAGCUGUAGUGGGGUUGUCUUUUAACUUAGUAUUGAAAAAAGUGCAAUGUACAUAUUUAAAACACACAAAAUAUGCAUCAACACAAAAUACGCAAAACAGGAGAAACGAAAUGAUUAAACAAAUAAACUAGAGCAUUUUAUAAAACAUUUGCUUUGGUUUGUAUAUUUGUUUCACAAAGUGGCUUGUUUUCUAGUAUUU